AUGGGCGCCGUCUGCUGCAGAUCACAGCCCAUCGACUUUGACGGCGAAGUCAAUCUCUUCCAUUUUCUUCUCUUGCGAUGUGUGGGCAAAGGCGCAUUCGGCAAGGUCCGAGUAGUCCAGCACAAGCAGACUCGCGAACUCUACGCCCUCAAGUACAUUAACAAGGCAAAGUGUGUCAAAAUGAAGGCCGUCCCAAAUGUCAUUCAAGAGCGCCGUCUGCUCGAGGAGAUUGACCACCCCUUCAUCGUCAACCUGCGAUACGCAUUCCAAGACGACGAAAACUGCUUCUUUGUUCUUGACCUAAUGCUGGGAGGCGACCUUCGCUUCCACCUAGAGCGGCUAGGUUCUCUUCCAGAGGAAACUGUUCGUUUUUACAUGGCUCAGCUCUCUUCUGCCUUAUCUUUCCUUCACGAAAUGGGAAUAAUGCACCGGGAUUUGAAACCCGACAAUAUCCUACUUGACGAACGUGGAAAUGCCCACAUCACUGAUUUCAACAUCGCCGUUCACUUUGGAGAGAGGAAGCUUACAGGCGUUGCGGGUUCAAUGGCUUACAUGGCACCCGAAAUUCUUCAAAAACGUGGAUACACCUACUGUAUCGACUGGUGGUCGUUGGGUGUUUGUGCUUAUGAGCUCAUUUUUGGACGCCGGCCUUUCAGAGGCAGGUCCAACAGCGAUCUCACCUACAGCAUUUCGAGAGACCCAGUCAAAUGGCCUGACGAUGCUGAGAAGAAGUGCAGCAGGAAUGGUAUGCAGGUCGUCAAAGGACUUCUUGAACGUGAUCCGUCCAAACGUUUUGGGUGCAAGCCGAACGGAGAAGGAUUUCAAGAGCUGAGGAGACAUCCAUGGUUCAAGCCUAUUGACUGGGACACUUUGGAAAGCAAGGAACAGACGCCACCCUUUACUCCUGAUGCAAAGAAAGCCAAUUUCGACGCGUCUCAUGAGCUAGAGGAGCUUCUCUUGGAGGAUAACCCUCUGAAGGCGAAGGCGCGCAAGGCCAAUCAGGACAACCUCAGUGCGGAGAUGCGGCAGAUGGAAGAACAAUUUACCACUUACGACUUCCACAAGAUGCAACGGCGAUCAUACUAUCCUCAUAAUCAACAUCUAAUUUCGACGGCAACAGCAACGUCGUCAGGACUUGCCUCCUCACGGCCAGGUACACCUGCUAAUGACCUGCGAGUUGAGAACGGUGGUCCUCGUAUUGAGGGCAGCGAUGUUCGUGUGGACGUGUACAACGGCAACUCUUUGGAGCUGAACGGCAACGACGACAUUAUGAUGAAGGAAAGGGACACUGCCCGAAUCGAUCAAUUACAUAUGGAAAAGGAGUAUUCGUAG